AUUUAAUGUGUGUAUUCUACAUCAUUAUGUAGAUUUUACUAGUGUAAAAAUAAUAAAAAUGGCAGAGGAUGCAGAAAUUAAGCCAAUUGACAAUACUGAGCCUGAAGAAACCCCUGGAUAUGUUCCCCCUGCAGAAAAAACAAUCGAUGAAAUCACCAAACUUGACCAAGAUGAUGAAUCCUUGGUAAAAUACAAACAAGCUCUGUUGGGUGCUGCUAGCGGCGAUGCUGCACCAGCUGAUGAUCCAAGAAAAGUUGUUGUUCAGAAAAUGAUGCUUGUCAGUGAAGAUCGUACAGACAUAGUGCUUGAUUUAACAGGUGAUUUGUCAAAACUACCACCCAUGACUGUAAAAGAAGGCGUCGAGUAUAAAAUUAAAAUUGAAUUUAAGAUUCAACAUGAAAUCGUGUCUGGUCUGCGCUACCACCAUACUGUAUCUAGAAAGUCUAUGAACGUUGACAAACAAACGUACAUGGUUGGUAGUUACGGCCCAAGAGCUGAACCACAUUUGUGGACUUCUCCAUCAGAUGAAGCACCGAAAGGUUUAAUAGCUAGAGGUCACUACAAAAUCAAAAGUAAAUUUAUCGAUGAUGACAAAAACGUGCACUUGCAGUGGGAGUGGUCGAUGGAUAUCAAAAAGGACUGGUAACGAGUUUGGCCCCGUUGUUGUUCUUAUUUCGUGACAGUAAUUUAAUAUUUUUUAUUUCUUUUUAUUGAAUUCGAAAAAUCCUGAUAAUUAAAAAAAUUUUUAUUAGGAAAUAAAAGUUAGGUUUUUAAAUUCUAACGAGACCUUAACGUUUUGUUAUUCCUUCAAAGUACUUGCUUGUGGGUUGUUUUUUUUUAUAUCAGAACUUUGAUUAUUUAAGAAAUAUGCUUAUAUAUAUAUUAUAAAACGAUUCCUGUCUAUCUGUCUUUCAUUGCAAACGCAGUCUUCACUUUUUUGUAUCAACUGAUUUUGUAUAUGUCAAAAUAAACAACCCACGUACAUUAA